UCAAAAGGCUUCCUUUUUCUCAACUGCCCCGCGUUUUCUCUCUCUCUCUCUCUCUCUCUUUUCCCAUGCCGGAGAAGACGACUCGCCGGCGCCACCACCGGAGCACCAAAACGCAACCGCUUUCCCGCGACGGCUGAGUAGAGAGAACGCAGAGUAAGUAAAGCAAACAUGGGGAACUGCAACGCCUGCGUGAGAGCCGAAGUAGUAGACGAGAAGAGCAACAAGACCAACCAGAAGAAGAAGAAAAACGACAACAAGAAGAAGAAAUCACGAGACCGGCGACCAAAUCCGUACUCGGAGAACUCGAUUCGGUCGCCGGCUCCGAUCCGAGUCCUCAAGGACGUGAUUCCGCUCUGCCACCGGUCUCGGAUCGGCGACAAGUACAUCCUCGGCCGGGAAUUAGGCCGCGGCGAGUUCGGAAUCACGUAUCUCUGUACGGAUAGGGAGACCAAAGAAGCCCUAGCUUGCAAGUCCAUUUCCAAGCGGAAGCUCAGAACAGCUAUUGAUAUAGAGGAUGUGAGGAGGGAGGUGGCGAUAAUGGCGACGUUGCCGGAGCAUCCGAACAUAGUGAAGCUGAAGGCGACGUACGAGGACAACGAGAACGUGCACCUGGUGAUGGAGCUCUGCGAGGGUGGGGAGCUUUUCGAUAGGAUCGUGGCGAGGGGCCACUACAGCGAGCGGGCGGCGGCGUCGGUGGUGAAGACAAUUGCGGAGGUCGUCAGGAUGUGCCACGCCAAUGGCGUUAUGCACAGGGAUUUGAAGCCCGAGAACUUCUUGUUCGCUAACAAGAAGGAGCACUCGCCUCUCAAGGCCAUCGAUUUCGGCCUCUCCGUCUUUUUCAAGCCCGGGGAGAGGUUUUCGGAGAUUGUGGGGAGUCCGUACUACAUGGCGCCGGAGGUUUUGAAGCGGAAUUAUGGGCCGGAAGUUGACAUUUGGAGUGCCGGAGUGAUUCUCUACAUAUUGUUAUGUGGGGUUCCUCCAUUUUGGGCAGAGACUGAACAGGGAGUGGCUCUCGCAAUUUUGAGGGGGGUGAUUGAUUUUAAAAGGGAGCCGUGGCCUCAAAUUUCUGAAAGUGCUAAAAGCCUUGUUAGGCAGAUGUUAGAGCCGGAUCCCCGAAAGCGUUUGACUGCUCAACAGGUGCUUGAACAUUCCUGGAUACAAAACGCAAAGAAGACUUCAAAUGUUCCCUUAGGUGAUAUUGUGAGGACAAGGCUGAAGCAGUUUUCUGUCAUGAAUAGAUUCAAAAAGAGAGCAUUACGGGUCAUCGCGGAGCACUUAUCCGUUGAAGAGGUUGAAGUAAUCAGAGAUAUGUUUACGUUGAUGGACACCGACAGAGAUGGCAAAGUAACAUACGAGGAGCUAAGGGCUGGGCUUCGAAAGGUUGGUUCACAAUUGGCUGAGGCAGAGAUUAAGAUGCUCAUGGAAGUGGCUGAUGUUGAUGGGAAUGGUGUACUGGACUAUGGAGAGUUUGUGGCAGUGACAAUUCACUUGCAGAGGAUGGAGAAUGAUGAGCAUUUCAGGAGGGCAUUUAUGUUUUUUGAUAAAGAUGGAAGUGGAUAUAUAGAAUUGACUGAGCUAAGGGAAGCAUUAGCAGACGAAUCAGGGGAAACUGAUAUCAUGGUGCUAAAUGAAAUCAUGCGUGAAGUUGACACAGACAAGGAUGGUUGCAUAAGUUAUGACGAAUUUGUUGCUAUGAUGAAAACUGGAACCGACUGGAGAAAGGCUUCUCGGCAGUAUUCAAGGGAAAGAUUCAAGAGUUUGAGCCUGAAUCUGAUGAAAGAUGGUUCUCUUCACCUUCACGACAGUGUCACCGGUCAAGCCAUUGCAGUAUGAGCCCAAAAUUUACACAAUCUCCAUUUAGUUUUCAGCUGCUGAGUGUUCCUUUCAUUUUGUCAUUCGUGCGCCUGACAAUUUUAGCAUCUCGUCAUGUGAGAAAAUAUGAGCUUUGAAUUCGACAACAGAGUUAUCGGACCAUGCUGACGAAUACUCGUGAAAUUGCAUUGACCUGACUUUCAUUUCCAUUUGCUUGGAGUUGGGGCUGAAUGAAGCUUGCAUUAGAGGCCUGCAUAACGUCUAGAGUUGUCGGCAUCUUUGUGCAACAGUUUAAAGAGUUUUGUGUCACAUUUGUAUAUUUUGUUUGUAUCCCGUUGUUGUUAUUAUUUUUAUUUUUCUUUCGCUUGUCUUGGUGUUUGUCUUCAUUCUCUAGUACUUGUGCAGAAAACAAGGUGUUACUGGGUUGUGAACUUCAGAAAAAGUUUCAAGCCUUUAUGAUUUUGUAGCUAUUUUAAAAAAGGAACACUAAUUUAUGAGAUAUUGCACAUCUUUUUUUGUA